GUCUCCAGUGUAUGUUCAACAGAAUGAAGCAAUAGCAUCACAUCCAGUGGUUAUUCCCUGUACUGCCGCAACCUUGCAAACCCGCAUCCAACUCGCCACUGAAGCACACAGAGCAGCUGCCCAUCCUGGCGGGGUGCGCACUACUAACGUAGUGAAGAGAAACUAUUGGUGGAAGCGCAUGCACAAAGUCUGCGCGAAGGUUGUCGCUGAAUGUGAGUGCUGUCAGAGAACCAGAGCCAACAGAACCUGGCGAAGGGCGGCAUCAGUAGUGAAAUGGCGUAGUAAUCUCAAUCCAGGAGAAUUAGUUGGUAUUGAUGUAAUGUAUUUGCCACCUCUCGAAGUGGAGGGAUGCCGUUUCGUCGGGAUCAUAAGCGCCACGUGCAUUUCCACGAAAUGGCUGAGAGCAGUACCUAUCACUGGAUUCUCUGGGCAACAAGCUGCAGAAGCACUUGAUCGCUUAUUCUAUAACACCGUGAUUCCACGGGUGUUGAUAGUGGAUCAAGGAUCCAACUUUAUAGCUGCCGACACGUUCCGGAGCUGGGCAGCUAAGAGACAGAUCCGUCUGAAGUACUUUCCAGUGGCAUCGUCAAGCCUGGCAGGAUGGGUUGAACGGCCUCAUAAGGGCCUAAGAGACCAUCUCAGACCCAUGCUUCUCGACAAGGAGGAUCCGUCGUUGGUCGGAGACAAUAACUGGAUGACGAGACUCCCCCGAGCGGUGUAUGCAUGGAACGCUGCGAGCUAUAGCAACAACAGCGUGUUAUCGCCAUAUAUGAUGGUCUACGGUAUACCACCACGCAUCCCCGGAGCUGAGUUGACCACUGACGACGAGGAGUUAGCCCAGCUAGGUAUAGAUCACCUGAUAGAUAUUCCCAGUUGGACUGCGCUACUUCAACAGAUGAAUGACUCACGUCGAAUCACCAGAGAUGUUACCAUGAAGGAGUAUAUUGCUCUGUGGUGCGACCUGCGCGAUAAGGCGCGUAGCAGUCUUACCAGGAGAACUAAGACUACAGAAGUUAUCCGUGUAGGGGAUUUUGUUCGCAUUCUGAGACCUAAGCAGCCCGCCUCUGAAUGUACUAUUGUCGUAUCUGUUCGCGGUAGUGUGAUACGCAUUGUUGAUUCUUCUCAUAGAGUAUCGGAUGAGUAUAUUGGAAAUAUCGUGCUGGCUAAGAAUGAUCUCCCAAAUAAAAAUGUUCUUCUUGAAUGUAAAAAAUCCUAUGAUCGGGACGGUAGUUUCCCGGAUCUACCGGCGAUUGCUGUGACUCGAGAAUUGCAGCAAA